AUGGCGGAGCUCUAUGGGAUUAACACCGAGGGAGCCUCCGUUGAGGAGGAGGUCUUGGAACGUGAUCUGGAAAAGUUUUUGGAGAGUGCUCGCCUCUCCAAGUACAUGCAGGCCUGCCCAAAAACAGGCAAAAGACAGGAUGCAGCAGGCCAUGCAUUUUGCAAGCCUACCAGCAUCGCAAGAAUUCAGCAGGCUGCGCUGGACUGGCCCAAGCCAAAGUUUCUCUUGUGUCCGCACUGUUGCUCAAUCAGAAUUGUCAGCCGAUGCAGAUGA